ACCCUAGAGGCAUUAUCUUCUACAUGCCAUAAAACCAAAAUGGAAGCCACAUAUAUGACCUGUUUGAGACAGUUUGGUAGUGUUUUCACUUCAAACUUUUCUUGAAUCAACUCGCCUUCCUUUUUAGUCAAUUUGACUGCUAAGGCCUUCACCUAGAUAUUUGAAAAAAGGAAGAAAGGGGAGAAUUUAUUAUAGAAAGAUGAGCACCAAGGAAGUGGAUGAGCAACUGAUCAAUGUCCAGAACAAGAACUCUUCCUACUUUGUGGAGUGGAUUCCAAACUAUGUCAAAUCUAGUGUCUAUGAUAUUCCACCCAGAGGGCUCUUAAUGGCAUCCACUUUUUUUGGGAACUCAACCUCCAUCCAGGAAAUGUUUAGGAGAGUGAGUGAACAGUUCAAUGCGAUGUUUAGGAGAAAAGCUUUCUUGCACUGGUAUACUGGUGAAGGUAUGGAUGUAAUGGAGUUCAUAGAAGGUAAGAGCAACAUCAAUGAUCUUGUGUCUGAAUAUCAGCAAUACCAGGAUGCUACUGUUGACGGGAAAGGUGAACAUGAGGAGGAAGAGGAGGGAAGGGAGCACAUGUGAAGAAAGCAAUAUAAGGUAGAACACAUAUGUACCAUGUUAUGUAUGAUAUGAUGCAUGCGUAUUUCUACCUGGUAUGUGAGUGAAAAACCUUUUUCUAAGAUUGUAAUUGUCCUUGAAGUGCAUCCGUAGAGAAAGGAGAAUCACAAUGUUCUCCCAGGAAAAUAGUGAGAUGCGGAGAGAUAUUAAUGUGAGAGUGGGAAUGUUUAGGUAUAUGUUUGAAAGCAGUUUAUGUUGCACUUAUAUGUUUCGUUUUGUACCCUUUUUACUUCUCAUACUGACAGUAUCUCAUAUUAUGAUCAAUGGUAAAAUGUCCUGCAUAUUUUUGUUGUGCAUGUUGGCUCCCUCUUUCUGAAAAUUUGAACCCCAGUACUACUUGCCUAAUUUUAUGUUGGAUUGUUAUCCUUUGUAAUUUACUUGAAUUAUAUUUGAUUUGGCGAAUGUUGCGUACUAGUUAUUAUCUACACUCAUUGAAUUGUAAUUUUAUUGAAAAUGUACCUAUAAAAAAAAAUAAAAAUU